AUGAUUGAUAUAGCGAUAAGAGCUCGUUAUUUUAGUAUUAGUACUGAUUCCACAUUUGACAUUUCACACAAGGAACAACUAUCAUUUGUAGUCAAGUAUUUAUUCAAUUCCAAUAUAUGUGAAAGGCUAAUUGCAUUAUCUGAAUCAUCAAAUACUACAGGUCAAUCACUUUUUGAACUUUUUAAAUCAGUUAUGGAAAAAAUUGGAUUAGAUUGGAAUCAACAUUUAAUUGGACAGUCAUAUGAUGGUGCAGCGAACAUGAGAGGACCAUAUAGUGGACUUCAAGCACAUAUUAUUAAAGAAAACCCAAAAGCUCUUUAUGUUUGGUGCCAUGCACAUAGAUUCAAUUUAAUAGUGUUAUCUGCCGUUGGCUGCUGUAAAGAAGCAGUCGAUUUAUUUGGUUACAUGGAAAAACUAUAUUCUUUUAUUGUGGGUAGUAAAAAAAGAUCAGAUAUAUACAGAAAAAAUCAAAGUGAAUUGUAUCCAAAGAAACAAUUAAAGGCAAUCAAAAGAGUCGGAACUACUAGGUGGAUGUCCAACUCAUUUGCUCUAUCUACAGUUCUUGAAACAUUAGAAGCAAUUUUAGAUAUGCUUGAACAAAUAAAAAAUGUCGAAGGCCCAGUUGAUUUUAAAACUGGUAGUGAAUUAAUUGAUAUUAUUCUUCAACAACUUAGCGAUAGAUUCGAUAAAAAUACCAUAUCUGUAAUGAAAGAUUUAGGUUUAUUAUCCCUAAAGCGAUUAAAAGAAGUUGGCCCUGUGCCCCAAGAUGCAUUCAGUAAAAUAUGUGAUGUCUAUGGAAUUAAUCAGGAGUCUGUAAGAAAUGAUUACAUACUAUUGAAAAGUGUUAUCAAAGAUAUAGAUCUCAAUUUACUGACUAAAUUACCAGCUAAAUUACAUGAUGACUGUGAAGAAUAUAUAAGAGGUUCAGAUGAAAGUAAUAUAGAAGAUGAAGAAGAACGGCAAGAUUUAAACAAUGUUGGAAGCUUAAGAAAUAUUUUUGAAAUAAUUAAUAAUAUGAAUAUUAAAUCGGAAUUUGAGCAUUUGUACACAAUAAUUAAAAUAAGUUUAACAUUACCUACAUCUAGUUGUACUGUAGAACGUAGUUUUUCCAAAUUAAAAAUCAUAAAAUCCAGACUGCGUUCCACUAUGGGUCAAAACAGACUGGAGAAUUUAAUGAUUAUUUCAUGCGAACAGGAUAUAAACAUAGAUGUGUCAAAGGUAAAUAUGAUACAAAAUUUGUAUUUGUUCUUACUCAAUAGUAGUAUAAGUGUGCCAUUCCUGGCGCAGUGCCAUAUAUAA